AAUUUACGCCACUCCUUUUGUGUUUAUUUUCGCUUUUGCCCCUCCAUCCUUUUACUUCUCGAGUUUCUCGGCUUUUGUUGCUUUUCGCUUAAUGGAAGGGUCCCUUAAGCUUUAAUUUUUUUUUUGUUCUGCAGUUCGUACAUUUUCGCCUGCAAUUUUGAAAGCAGUAAUCGGUCUUCUCUUUCUUCCUUCUCCUUCACCAACCAUUAUCCGUAUAAGAGGCCGUCUUGAGAAGUUUUGGCCGGGUUCUGAUGUCUCCACCGCUGCUGGGCGUGGAGGAGGAAGUGCAGAGUAAUGUUUCCUCUCCCUCUGUUGACUGUGGCUUGGGGUUAAAGGAGCGUAAUUAUCUGGGAUUAUCAGAUUGUUCUUCAGUUGACAGCUCUGGUGUCUGUUUACCAGAUAAUAAUAAGAAUAAUUUGAAUUUGAAGGCUACAGAGCUUAGGCUUGGUCUUCCUGGAUCCCAAUCCCCUGAUAGAGAAACAGAGCUUUGCUUGCUGAAUUCGGGAAAACUUGAUGAGAAGCCACUGUUUCCUCUACUCCCUUCCAAAGAUGGAAUCUGCUCAUCAUCACAGAAAAAUGUUGUUACUGGAAACAAAAGGGGUUUCUCAGAGGUGAAAGGCUAUGUGUACAAGGAAAAAAAUUGGAUGUUUCAUGAAGCUGGUUCUGAUUCUGAAUCUCCGCAGUCUGUGGGACAUGGAAAAUAUCCUGGUAUUUCAGGGGUUAAUGUGAUUUUGUCAGCAAUGUCUCAUGGAGCUCAAGCAUCUGUAACAAAAGAUGAGCCUGCAAAUGUGUUACAAAAACAACCUCAUGCCACUAGUGGAAUCAAUCUCAAGCAGACUGAUAUUUCUAACAACAAAAGUAGUGCACCUGCUGCCAAGGCACAAGUUGUUGGGUGGCCACCAGUAAGAUCAUUUAGGGCUAAAACCCUGGCCAAUUCUUCAAAGAACAAUGAUGAAGUUGAUGGAAAACCUGGUCCUGCUUCUCUUUUUGUCAAGGUCAGUAUGGACGGUGCUCCUUAUCUGAGGAAGGUAGAUUUGAGAACUUAUUCAACAUACAGGGAACUGUCUGCUGCUCUUGAGAAGAUGUUCAGCUGUUUUACCCUCGGUCAAUGCGGGUCUCAUGCUGCUGCUGGGAAGGAAAUAUUGAGUCAAAGCAAGUUGAAGGAUCUUUUGCAUGGAUCAGAAUAUGUACUAAUAUACAAAGAUAAAGAUGGUGACUGGAUGCUAGUCGGUGACGUUCCUUGGGAGAUGUUUAUUGAAACAUGCAAGAGGUUGAAAAUCAUGAAGAGUUCUGAUGCAAUUGGAUUAGCUCCUAGAGCAGUGGAGAAAUCCAAGGCCACCAACUAGGAAGAGUCCGGAUAUGAUGGUUAAUUUCCUUGUGG